CUUUCUGUUUUCUCAUGUACUGUAAAUUGGAAAUCGAGAAGACUAAACAUCCUAAAAAAUAGAACUACCUAGCCGGCGUAGGUGUUCGGUAUAUCCAAGUUUUGGCAGAAGCUUUUACUAUUUCGCUUAUCAGAAGAAAAAUCUGGCCUAGAGCAUUUAGAAGAUGGAGAAGAAAGGGGCCUAUGUUCGGAAAUGGGCGAUAGAGCUAGCUGACGCUUCUAAUUCAUCGAGGGAAAUUCCCGAUCCCCCCGGUUUUGAUCGCUCCACUGCAGAGCAGGAUGAGAGUUCAAUAAGCCGGCAAAAGAAGGAAGUUGAGUUGACAUGGAAAUCACAGAAAGCCUGGGAAGUGGCGCAAGCCCCUUUUAAGAACUUACUCAUGAUGGGAUUCAUGAUGUGGAUGGCUGGGAGUACAGUGCACUUGUUCAGUAUUGGGAUAACGUUCUCAGCUCUUUGGCAGCCUAUUAGUGCUCUUCAGGGUGUUGGAAAAGUUUUUGAGCCCUUUCAAGAUUCACGAAUAGACUUACUACUACCGAAGCUUGUUUAUAUUGCCUUGAACUUAGCAGGAAUGCUGUUAGGCAUCUGGAAGCUGAACACAUUAGGACUUUUGCCUACUCACGCCUCUGAUUGGGUGUCCUCACUGGCUCCUGCUCUUGAGAUUGAUUACGCUGGUGGAGGAAUUCCAUUUGCAUAAUUAAUUUUUCUCGCUACAGAAACUGCAUUCUUGGGGAGAGAAAUUUAAUGUUUUUUCUGCCAACCCAUAAAAUUUAACAUCUCUUGACAAAGAGUGCCCCAUGAUCUGAAGAAACCUAGAUGGGUUUAUUUAGUGUUGCAAUCAACCUGUCAGAUUUGUAGCAAUAUGGCUGCCUUGCAAUUUUUCUUUGAGGUUUGCCAGAGUGGCAUUGUUUUUCUAAUUUAUUUGUUAAUGAUACAAGUUCAUUUUCAUCAAGCUAGAAUUUUGACACAUGAAUGAAGGUAAACACAUGGCUUUCUGUUUAAUUUGCUUUUGAUUGUCCAAAACAUCCUUAUAUGUGUAGAAGAGUUAAAGCCUUGUACGAGUUAAUUAAAACAGUCACAUGUUUGGAUAAUACGGAGCUCUGAUUUUAAAUCAAAAUAUUCAGACUUUUGAAGUUA